AAUAUUUCAAACUUUCUGGAUUGUAUUUGUUGGUUAUUGCAUCUUUAAGAAUUGACUUUGUAAACUGACACCUAGUCCUGAGAUCUCAUCCAUGCUUUCUGCUUCUUUGGAUUGCGAUUCUCAUUUUGCACAGGAUGCCACCCAUCAGACUAACUCUCAGGAUGUGGUAUCUAUGCAAGAUGAUUCUUCCAAGACACUCUCUGAGGAGCUUGUGGAUAUUGAAUCUGAGUUGAAGUUUUUUCAGAUGCCUUAUCUUGAAGGGAGCUGGGACGAUAGUUCAUUGGACUCCUUUCUAUCUUGCGAUACAACCCAGGAUGGUGGAAACCUGAUGAACCUUUGGAGCUUUGAUGACAAUCCUUCCAUGGCUGGCGGAGUUUUCUGAGCAGCCUUUUGUUGGCCUCCUCCCUGUGUAUUUAAAUAAGCUGCACAUCAUUUUUCAUUUUCCUUCGGAGUUCAUUAAUUUUGUUUGUGUUUUUGUUGCAUUUAUUCCUCCCAAGUACACAUCCCUGCUUGUGCUUGACAAAAAUAUGAUAUUAUUUCCAUUUUUCUUGCUC